AAUUAUCAUUGAUCUAUCAUUAAAUUUACAUUGGAUGCAAAGUGCGAGGAUAAAAAUGAUCGUUGAAGUGCAAAAUAUAACGAUUACAAUUUUACAUAACGCAGAAUAUUCAUGCACCCUCACAUAAAUAUUAAAUGUCAUUUUUCUGUCGGGGAAUCUUAUCUUUUUAUCUUUAGAUCUAUCUCAUUGCAUUUCCACAUUGCACGUUAAUAUAAGCCUAGUAUUUUUUUAAUGACGUUUCUUCUGAUACUUGACUUAUAUCACUUUUAGUGUCAGGCAUUUUUUAAAGACAACUUCUUUCCAAAAAAUGCGACAGUUAAAACGAUCUGUUCUGGUCACAUUACUUCCACAACGUUUGCUUUAAAUAUUAGGUGGACCGGAAAGUAAUGUCGUUACUGUGCAUCUCGAUAUUUGACUGUGAUUAAAAAUAAAAACUUGUUAAAAAUUUAUUCGUUUGAAUUUAAUUUAAGAAAGCGACAUUACUUUCCGGUCCACCUAAUAGUUUAUAUUUAAAUCUAAAUUAAAAGGAACAAACAUUAAAGAAAUAAAAACAACGUUUAAUAAUCGAUCGAUGAUAAACUAAUAUAGGAAAGCAUAAAAUUAUUUUCUUCGAAGAAGAAACAUUUAUACUUAUCAGCAUAACGAUCGUAAUAUUCCAAAUGGUUAUAAGUCAUUCAACAAUUAAUAUUUAAUAAAGAGUAUUCUUCAUCCUUGUCGUGUAAGAAUUUUCUUCAUAAAUUUCAUUAUAUCGUGGUCUCUCGAUUCGUUCUAUUUGAGAAAUAAUCCGAUUCGUUCGAUUUGAGAAAUACAUAAGAAAAAAUGAGGUUCUUUGUACAAUUAACAAAACUCGUUCCUUUUUUUCUUCUUCUUUCUACGAAAAUCGCAAGAUCUUACGAAUUUCUUUCUAUCGGCGAAGAACAAGUUCCUUUCAUCAUCGACACUUGCAAAUUAUACGGAAUGAAAUCAAUUAUUUUCUUGUACUCUAAUUCAAUGAAAGGUGCUAUUAUAAUAUAUAUAAUUUUCAUUUCUUCAUUUGAAUUAUCAUUGUAUUCCUUUUUCUCAGAAAUGGAAAUGAAAACGAUGAUUUUUAAAUGGACGCGUGCCCUUUCUCGCGAAGGAUUUACGUCUACGAAUUUGUACUUUUCGGAAUUGCACAAAUCGUUGUACUAUGUAGGGCGAAUCAUACGACCGUAUUAUAUCGCUGUGAUUUCAAAUUAUAAUGCGAUUAAUGAGUUCUCUUUAGCAACCAGUACAUUUGACAUGUCUUUUGCUGCAUGGCUAGUGUUAUUCAUUUACAAGGGACAUGGCUCCGAUUAUUGUCACAGUCCUCCAGGUAACAUUUUUCAUUUAAGAUACAACUCGAAUAUGUUGGUACGUUGCGGUACAGAAAAUAUUUUACGAGAGUGGUAUUCGAUCGAUAUGAAUAAAACCGAGAUCAAUGAUUUAGCAACGUGGAGUUUAGAAAAUGGAAUAACUAAAAUUGCUUCUGAUUUUCUUUAUAAAAGGAGAAGUAAUUUACAGGGUUUGGUAAUGAGAGCUGUUAUAGUUAAGGAUUCGUCGUUCCUAAUCGUAAACGAGGAUGGCAAAUUAGAUGGUAUAUUAGGUAGAAUAUUAAGAAACCUUUGUGUGACUCUCAAUUUUAGUGUUAACAUUGUCUCGGAAGUAGAAGAAUAUGGAAAUUGGAAUUCUAAAGAAAAGACUUGGUCCGGAGCAGUGGGAGAAUUAUAUGCUGGACGUGCUGACAUUUCUAUUUCAGAUUUUACUAUUACCGGUCCCAGAUUGAAUGUUGUCGACUUUACGCUUCCUCUUUUGCUUACGAAAAAAUGUCUUUACAUUCGCGAACCACAAAUAUUUGCGAUUAAAUGGUCAUCUUUUAUUCUAGUACGAUACCUGGCAAUCAAAUUUUUUCUUUUUCUUUGUUUAACUUUAAUAAACUUAAAAAUUCUUAUUUUUCUAAGGCAUUCUCCUAUUCCAUUUGGAUAGCUAUGUUGGUGAUAUUAAUUGUCGGAUCGAUUUUAUUAAUUUUUCUCAAAAUAAAAAAUGGAAGCGAUCGUAAAGUAAGAGAUUUGUUGUCAGACAAUUUUUUGGAGAUUUGGGGUAUAUUUUGCCAACAGGGACUGGCAGGUAUCAUACGAUAUUUCUUAAAUUUUCUUCCAAUUGUUUCUUUCUUGUUCUUCUUCUUUUUUUUUAUAGUUAUAUUUAUAUAAAGUAUUUGUUUGAUUUAGAUUUUCCUGAUAGAUCUUCUUUAAGAAUUGCAUAUUUUUCUAUCCUUCUUUUGACUGUUGUAUUAUCUGCCGCUUAUUCUGCAUCUUUGACGAGCUUUUUAACUACCGGUAUCCACAAAUUACCCUUUCAUUCAUUAGAGACUUUCGCUGAAGACGGUACUUAUCAAUUUUCCGUUUUUCGUGGUACGUCUAGUUAUGAUAAAUUUGCAGUGAGUAUUAUAUUUCUUGUCUACGCUGUUAUGUGUAUAUAUAUAUACAUAUAUAAUAAGUACAUGAAGACAAGUUAAAAUAUAUAUUUGUAGAAUUCGGAACAUCCGCUUGAAAAGAAAUUGAUGAAGUUGAUGUUAGAAGAAGAAAAAUUGACACCAAAUGUAAUGGAAGGAUUUGAAAGAGUACGCUAAAACUAUUAUAAGAAAACAAACUGAAAUAGUAUAUAUAAUUUUAUUUUUAAUAUCUGU